GGGGAGGCGGGGGAAGGCGGGGAGCCGGGUCGCCGGCGCUCGGGUCCGCCUCUGAUUGCGGCGCGGCGGGGCGAUGUGUGAUUAUCAUGGCGAGGAGUCUCUGUCCGGGGGCCUGGCUAAGGAAACCCUAUUACCUCCAGGCUCGUUUCUCAUAUGUGCGGAUGAAAUAUCUUUUCUUUUCCUGGUUGGUGGUUUUUGUUGGAAGCUGGAUUAUAUAUGUGCAAUACUCCACCUAUACAGAACUCUGCAGAGGAAAGGACUGUAAGAAAAUAAUAUGCGACAAGUACAAGACUGGAGUGAUUGAUGGGCCUGCAUGUAACAGCCUUUGUGUAACAGAAACUCUUUACUUCGGAAAAUGCUUAUCUACCAAGCCGAACAAUCAGAUGUAUUUAGGGAUUUGGGAUAAUCUACCAGGGGUUGUGAAAUGUCAAAUGGAACAAACGCUUCAUCUUGAUUUUGGAACUGAAUUGGAACCAAGAAAAGAAAUAGUGCUAUUUGAUAAACCAACUAGGGGAACUACUGUACAGAAAUUCAAAGAAAUGGUCUACAGUCUCUUUAAAGCAAAAUUGGGUGACCAAGGAAACCUCUCUGAACUGGUUAAUCUCAUCUUGACGGUGGCUGAUGGAGACAAAGAUGGUCAGGUUUCCUUGGGAGAAGCAAAGUCAGCAUGGGCACUUCUUCAAUUAAAUGAAUUUCUUCUCAUGGUGAUACUUCAAGAUAAAGAACAUACACCCAAAUUAAUGGGAUUCUGUGGUGAUCUUUAUGUAAUGGAAAGUGUUGAAUAUACCUCUCUUUAUGGAAUAAGCCUUCCAUGGGUCAUUGAACUUUUUAUUCCAUCUGGGUUCAGAAGAAGCAUGGAUCAGUUGUUCACACCAUCGUGGCCCAGAAAGGCUAAAAUAGCCAUAGGACUUCUAGAAUUUGUGGAAGAUGUUUUCCACGGCCCCUAUGGAAACUUCCUCAUGUGUGAUACUAGUGCCAAAAACCUAGGUUAUAAUGAUAAGUAUGAUUUGAAAAUGGUGGACAUGAGAAAAAUUGUGCCAGAGACAAACCUGAAAGAACUUAUAAAGGAUCGUCACUGUGAGUCUGAUUUGGACUGUGUCUAUGGCACAGAUUGUCGAACUAGCUGUGACCAGAGUACAAUGAAAUGUACUGCAGAAGUGAUACAACCAAAUUUGGCAAAAGCCUGUCAGUUACUCAAAGACUACCUACUUCGUGGUGCUCCAAGUGAAAUUCGUGAAGAAUUAGAAAAGCAACUUUAUUCUUGUAUUGCUCUCAAAGUCACAGCAAAUCAAAUGGAAAUGGAACAUUCUUUGAUACUAAAUAACCUAAAAACAUUACUGUGGAAGAAAAUUUCCUACACAAAUGACUCAUAGUUCGUUUGGACAUUGUGACCGUUGUAGAAAACUUACCACUGAAAAAGAAAAAAUUUGGCUUCUGAUUCAUAUCCCUGCCAAUUACACAAAACUCCUUUCCCCAGAUCCUAAGAGGCC